AUGCCCAAGGCCAUCUUUCUCGAACCCAUCGACGGCAAGCCCGGCAAGCCCGGGCAAGUCUACUACCCACUCGUCCAGCGUCCCGUGCCGCAGCCGACCCCGCAAGGACGAGAACUGCUGAUCAAACUGACGGCCGCGUCAUUGAACCAUCGCGACCUCUUCCUGCGACAACACCUCUACCCCGGAGUCACCUUCGACGUCCCUCUCGGCGCAGACGGCGUGGGCACCGUCGUGGCCGUCGGCCCAGACGUCCCCAACCCGCAGCAAUGGCAGGGCAAGCGCGUCAUCCUGAACCCGGGCACCGGAUGGAAGGACGACCCUGACGGCCCCGAGGACCCGACCGGGUACAAGAUCCUGGGCGGCACCAAAGUCUACCACAAGGGCACCCUGCAGGAGUUCGUCACGAUCGACGAGUCUGAGGUCGAGGAGGCGCCGGCCCACCUUUCCGACGCCGAGGCCGCUGCCCUGCCGCUGACGGGUCUGACCGGGUGGAGGGCUCUGAUCAACAAGGCUGGAGAGAAAAACUCAGGAAAAGGCGCCGCGGUGCUGAUUACCGGCAUUGGCGGCGGUGUUGCUCUAAUGGUGCUGCGGUUUGCGGUGGCCCGGGGCGCGGACGUUUUCGUCACCAGCUCGAGCGAGGAGAAGAUUCAGAAAGCCAUCGAAUUAGGUGCCAAGGGAGGUGUCAACUACAAGGAAGAGGGCUGGGAGAAGAAGCUGCUGGGGCUGCUCCCGGCUGGAAAGAAGUCCUUUGAUGCCAUCAUCGAUGGGGCCGGUGGAGAUAUCGUCGAGAAAGGAACCAAGUUGCUUAAAGCUGGCGGUGUGAUCUCCGUCUAUGGAAUGACGGUCGCGCCCAAGAUGCCGUUCCUGAUGCAGGCCGUGCUGAAGAACAUCGAUGUCCGGGGCUCGACGAUGGGCUCGCGCAAGGAGUUCAAGGACAUGGUCGAGUUUGUCAAGAAGCAUCAGAUCCGCCCCGUCGUGUCGCGCGUGCUGCAGGCCGACCUCGACGACAUUGCCAGUAUCGACGGCCUGUUCGAGGACAUGAAGGCGGGCAGGCAGUUUGGGAAAUUGGUCAUUGAGUUUGGCAAGGGUGGCGAAAUGUUAUUUUUGUAUGCGUUAUGUGACGUGCAUUCGUUUUGUCUUUUCCUUUUCUCAUAUUGGACUCUAGGUGCCUAG